AUGGGUAAAGAUUGGAGACGCUGUCGUUUGCUUCCACCAAUUUUGGGAAGGAAAUAUCCUCAUUUCUUUCUCCCCCAACCGAAAAAACCCUAACAUACAAAACCUCCUCAUUUCCCCCAAUCCUUCGAAACACUACCCGAAAUUCCACCCCAAUGGCGUCCUCCUCGACCCCACCGCCGCCGGCGGAGGCGAUAGACGCUCGAAACUGGGCGGAGCUGCCACGAGACGUGACGGCGAUGAUUCUGAAGAAGGUCGGGGUGAUGGACCUACUCCAGAGCGCGCAGAAGGUGUGCAUGGCAUGGCGAAGCGUCUCCAAAGACCCAGACAUGUGGAGGUCGAUCCAUAUGAGCGGUUAUUUUGGUGAAGAUAUGUGGGACGAGAUGGGCUACGACGUCGAGAAGAUGGCCACGCACGCCAUCGACCGGAGCUGCGGACAGUUGGUCGAGUUUAGUAUCAAAGGUUUCGGUUCCGAUGAGCUCCUUGACUACAUCGGCGAGCGAGCAAGUCAGCUGCGGCGUCUUCAAAUUAUUUAUCCCUGGAGCAUUUCAGAUGAUGGUUUGAGUAAAAUUGCUAAAAAACUGCCAUUACUGGAGGAGCUUCACAUAUACUCUGGCUUACUUUCAAAAGAAGCCCUCUUAAAUGUCGGGCGUUGUUGCCCUCAUCUGAAAUCACUUAAAUUUAACAGUCGAGGGUCCAGGGCCCCGUAUAUGGAGUAUGAUGAUGAGGCGCUAGCUAUUGCAGAAACCAUGCCUGGACUACACCAUCUUCAGCUACUUGGAAACAAUUUGACAGAUGAUGGUUUAAAGGCCAUUCUCGACGGGUGCCGUAACCUUGAAUCCCUUGAUCUGAGGCAUUGUUUUAAUGUUAAUAUCGGAGGGUCUUUGGGGGAAAGAUGCUCUGAACAGAUCAAAUAUCUACGGCAACCAUACGAUUCCACUGAUGACUGUGAGUUUGAUAUGACCUUUUACAAUGGAUAUGAUGACGAUUAUUCACUUGAUGAUGACUACCCUUCUGGAUUUUCUGAGAUUGACCUCAUGUCCGAUGUUGAUGGCGAUGAAAAUUUUGAGUUCUCUUGUGGCAGUGAUGUUUAUGAUUAUGAUUAUGAAGAUCUCUUUUUCGGUGACGGUGAUGACUAAUGCUCUGUUCACGUUGAAUAGUUUACUGGCGAGAAAGCCCAGGGUAUGUGUGGAGAUCAAUUGCGUUCUACGAAGACAUGCUGGGCCAAUAUUUGCUCUUUUGGGAGAAGAUAACUCUUAAGUGGUGUUGACGAUCUUUGUCCAGUGCUUUCAAUCAGAAUGACUAAUUUCACAAAGCUGGUUGCUCGUUUCGCAUGUAUGGCUCACUCUUAUAUCUAAGCUACUACCAUGUAGCUGUUUUGUGAGAAUCUUGUCUAUUCUAGUGGUGUUCUUUACCCUUUA